AAAAGGGGACCCAGAGGGAGGAGAACGCUCAGAUCCCAGCAGUGCGGCUGGUGGGCCGCAGGCAGUUGGGCCACGUGGUCCUCUCCCCAGUCUGGUUCCUCCACAGCCUGCUCAUGAAGCUGUUCCACCGCUCCGCCCCGGCCAUCACUCUUGAGAGCCCGGACAUCAAGUACCCGCUGCGGCUCGUCGACAAGGAGGUCAUCAACCAUGACACCCGGCGGUUCCGCUUCGCCCUGCCGUCGCCCCAGCACAUCCUGGGCCUCCCCGUCGGCCAGCACAUCUACCUCUCAGCUCGGAUCGAUGGAAACCUGGUCAUCCGGCCCUACACGCCUGUGUCCAGCGAUGACGACAAGGGCUUUGUGGACCUGGUCAUCAAGGUUUACUUCAAAGACACGCACCCCAAGUUUCCCGCUGGGGGGAAGAUGUCCCAGUACCUGGAAAGCAUGAAGAUCGGAGACACCAUUGAGUUCCGGGGCCCCAACGGGCUGCUGGUCUACCAGGGCAAAGGAAAGUUUGCCAUCCGCCCAGACAAGAAAUCCAACCCCGUCAUCAGGACGGUGAAGUCCGUCGGCAUGAUCGCAGGAGGAACGGGCAUCACCCCAAUGCUCCAGGUGAUCCGUGCCAUCAUGAAAGACCCAGAUGACCACACCGUGUGCCACCUGCUCUUUGCCAACCAGACCGAGAAGGACAUCCUGCUGCGGCCCGAGCUGGAGGAACUGAGGAACGAACAUUCUGCUCGCUUCAAGCUCUGGUACACGGUGGACAGAGCCCCCGAAGCCUGGGACUACAGCCAGGGCUUCGUGAAUGAAGAGAUGAUCCGGGACCACCUUCCGCCCCCGGAGGAGGAGCCGCUGAUACUGAUGUGUGGCCCCCCGCCCAUGAUCCAGUACGCCUGCCUGCCCAACCUGGACCGUGUGGGCCACCCCAAGGAGCGCUGCUUCGCCUUCUGAUUGCCAGGCACUGGCUGCUCGCACGCCCACCCUGCACACUCACCGUGCCCGUCCACACCCACCCCUCCCCGCCUUUGUUCUUUAACAUCACUUUGCGCCACUUCCCCUGCUGCGGCCCCGGGUGCAGCCCGGCCUGCCCGUGCUGCGGUGCUUACCCCACUGGGCUGGUUCCCCUGAGGGACCCCUUCGGGAGCAGGGUUCUGUUAUAGGCGGGCCACCUCUGGCCACCAGCUGGCCCUCAUGGGUUGGAACCCACGGUGCUCAGCCCCGGCCCCGGCCCCGCCUUGCCUCCGCCCUGCCCCCCACACACUACGAGGCCAAGGCUGCCCACAUUGUGCUCCAGCCACCCCUCCAGGAGCAGACCGCAGUCCGGAAGUAAACACAGAUGUACGAGCAGCCCAGAGCUGUGGGUGCCAGGGACCUCCCACCCCUGGCCACUGGCUCGGGCCCCUCACCUGCCACCCCUCACUACCUGCUCUGGGUCAUGGCCCGGCCUCAGCACCUGACACUACAUAACAGGUAACACCAAAAAGUCCUCCCUGCAGGGGCUGUGGGGUUGAGAGGGUGCCCCCACCCCAGGGCCCAGGGAGGCCCAGCCAGCAGGGAGCUGGGCUGUCGCGGGGCUGUCGCAGGUAGAGGGGACCGGCCCCGGGCCCUCCUGAAGCCCAGCCUUGGCAUUUUGCCCAGUGCCUAAACCCUCAGGCCGCUUCGGGAGCUCCAAGCUGUCAGCCCUGCAGUCUGAGGGUCGCCUUGGGGCCCUGGGCCCCUCGCCCCGAGGGGCAGAGCUGAGGCGAUGUUUAUUUAUUCCUCUGCCCCAGACCCCCCUCCUGCUGCCUGCGCCCCCGAGCCGAGGGGAGAGUUUGUCUGAGCAGCGUCCUCAGAGACCUCAGUGUUGCCUUCGGACGAGGGUGGGUGAGCCUCUUGCAUAGCGGCUUUUUCAGAAUCAUUUAUGAGCAGAAAAAACGUUGAAAUAAACCUUUGCUGAUAUUAACCCUCUGCA